CAAGAUGGACUCGGAGCUUCUAGGAACCCUGAGCAUCAUCAUAUCAGGUCUGGUAAGAACGAUCACACAGACAGAGCACGUCUGUACGGCUCCUCUCCGCAUUCAUACCACAGUUCGCCUGGCGCAAUGAUUGACGACGUAUCAUCCCUUUCUGGAUCUGAAGGGCGUUCACCAAAGGGCUACACCAGCGAACCAGAAGCAUCGAGGAGAAGACGUGAAGGCAAGAGCCCACCGCUAUCGGAGCUACCACGACUGCAUACCUCAGAGAUCCCUAGCCACCAGUCUCCCAGCUCCCAGCCGCACACUCGUGACAGCGGGUUCCUUUCUGGCUCUGUGAUGCUUCCUCCACCGCGACCAGGGCCCAACCCUUUCUUCACACAUCAUCCGCAUUGAGGAAACGAUCUGCGCGACAAAGGAUUUUCUGCACACUCUCAGGGGUCCUGACUCGUCGCUGCAUUUGCUAACAGGGAUCUAUCAUUCGGGGUAAAAGGACGAGACGGGACGGCUUGCAUGCGAGGCGGCUGGAGCAACAAGCAACAAUAUCGCGGUCUACAUACCAUACCUUGUGUAAGACUGUUGUAUGUAUGCUAGCAAUAUUCUAUGUUUUGAAAGCUGCAGAGUAUUUUCCACUCCUG